AUGUCCUCCCAAGACCCGGUCGCGCAUGAUGUCCUCUUCAUCGACUCGCUCUCCAUCGCACCAACAAUUGGGCGCGACUGGUGGGGACGUGUACGCCCGCAGCCUCUGUUUAUCACUGUCCAACUCUACCUCCAACCCGGGUAUCUCGACAAGGCUGGUGCUUCGGAUGACGUCCGUGACUCAGUUCACUAUGGCCAGCUCUGCAAGAGCGUCCUGAACCUAGCUUACGGUCCUGAUGCACAAGUAUUUGAUGGGCCAAGGGAUCUGGCACGGGCGGUGGUGAAGACCGCGUUCGCCCUCACCGGUGCAGUCAUCGUCCAGCGCGCAGCAGUUGCCAUCAAGUCCGAGAAACUGAUCCCGCUCGCUGGAGAGUUCCUCUUGGAGAUAUCGACAUCGUACAGGCAGGAGGUUAUUGGAGGCACAGAGAGCGUCCGUGUCACAAUCAAGAACCUCGUGCUGUCCACUAUCAUUGGAGUGAAUCCGCCCGAGCGCGAAGCGAAGCAGAGAGUUGUCGUCACUAUCAUUGUGCACGAGAAGUCUGGUCAUGGUGCUCCGGUUGAUUAUGCCGCGCUAACAACCUUGCUUAACAAUGACAUCGGGGCGACUUCAUAUCUCACCCUCGAGAAGUUCGUCCUGGAGAUCAUCCGCAUCAUCUGUCUGUUCUCGGAGACCAUAGACGUUGUUACGGUCAAGGCAGAGAAGCCAAGCGCUCUGUCCUUCGCUCAAGCCGCCGGCGUACAGAUGACCAGGUCGCGAUCUGCGUUUCUUCAAUAA